GCGGCGAAGCGGCCUUAGCAACGCCGGCGAGCGGUGGACGCCACGGUUGCGGGCACGGUGGGCGGGAAGCCUUGGCCCGGCGCGCCGGCGGGCGACAUGGCAUGCUGUACAAGUUCAGGCCAAUGGAAGAAAAAAGCUGCAAAAGUUGAAUUGAAUGAAACUCAAAAGCAAGAAAUUAAAGAGGCUUUUGAUUUAUUUGAUGUUGAUGGCUCUGGAACCAUAGAUGUGAAAGAAUUAAAGAUUGCAAUGCGGGCCUUGGGAUUUGAGCCAAAGAAAGAAGAAAUUAAACAUAUGAUAGCUGAAAUUGACACCGAAGGAACUGGCACCAUUAGUUUUGAAGAUUUUCUUGCCGUUAUGAGUGUAAAAAUGAGUGAAAAAGAUGAAAAAGAAGAAAUAUUGAAGGCUUUCAAAUUAUUUGAUGAUGAUGAUACUGGAAGCAUAUCUCUAAAUAAUAUCAAGAGGGUUGCCAAGGAGCUAGGGGAAAAUUUAACGGAUGACGAACUUCAGGAAAUGCUUGAUGAAGCCGAUCGUGAUGGGGAUGGAGAAAUAAAUGAGGAAGAAUUUUUGAAAAUGAUGAAGAAAACGAGUCUUUACUAAUACUGAUUUGGUGCCUUCUGGAAAAUUUUUUGACAAAUUAUAUUUGCUAUCCAGUUCAAUAAUGUAAUAUACAAAUGUGUUUAUUUUGAGUUUUUAGUUUUCACACACACACACAUUGGUAUGGAAUCCAUGGGAGAAGCUAUGUUUCUACCAAUAGGUCAUGUCAGAAAACGAAGAAAGAACUUUCUUUGACAUGCAUGCAAGAAUAGUAUUAAUUCCAACUGGUAGUUUUUAAGUGCACAGAUUCCCAAGAGUUAAGAUUUUCUACAUGAUGUUGACUCACAUCCAAAGGGGUUUGCCAAACAAACUAUUACUUGCUCCAUUAAUUUACUUUUGUGUCACCCUAAGGAAAAUGAGUAUUAUUUACUUUUUAAACAGUGCUUUAAUAUGUAAAGUAUUAAAUAAAACUGACUGGUGGCUA